CGUGAGCGACUGUCGCCGUCGCGAGGUGGAGACAGCGUGGGUCUGUCUGUGGUGGCAUCUCAGGGGUGCGGGGAGGUGUGCCAGGGGUGCCACGACGUCAUCGCUGACCGCUUCCUGCUGAGGGUCAACUCUCGCUCCUGGCACCAGACCUGCCUCAGGUGCUGCGUCUGUCAGCUCGCCCUCGACCGUCAGCCUUCCUGUUUCAUCCGUGAACACAACGUGUACUGCAAGACUGACUACACCAGAAACUUCGGUGCGCGAUGUGCCAAGUGUUGUCGAAGCAUCGGGGCGGCAGACUGGGUCCGGAGAGCUAGAGACCGCGUCUACCACCUCGCCUGCUUCGCCUGCGACGCCUGCAAGCGACAACUCAGCACCGGGGAGGAGUUCGCCCUACACGACAACCGCGUCCUCUGUAAGCAGCACUACCUCGAGUCCAUCGAGGGCGGCGCCACUAGUAAUGACGAGAACACGGACGGAGAAGGGAGCCAACGCAAGAGCAAACGCGUCCGGACGACCUUUACGGACGAGCAGCUGCAGGUUCUACAGGCGAAUUUCCAGAUCGAUUCCAAUCCAGACAGCCAGGACCUGGAGCGUAUUGCCCAGCUGACAGGCUUGAGCAAGAGGGUGACACAAGUAUGGUUCCAAAAUUCUCGGGCGCGCCAAAAGAAACAUAUGUCCUCCAAGAAGCAUCAGCAAGAACUGAAGCCUAAUCUUAAUUGUUGA